AAAAGUGAAUAUUAGGGAAACAUGUUGGCUUACACUUAGGAAACAUAAUGGAGCAACAAAUCCUUGCAGACCAAAACUUCCCUCUCUUCAAACCCACCUCCAAACCCUCCCGAAACCCUAUCUCCACCGUCAACAACAAUCACUCAACCUCUAAGCCACCAGCUGCCGCCGCAUCCACCACCACAGAUUCCUCCUCUUCCUCCGCCUCCACAUUCGCCCAACUCGGCCUUGCCGAAUGGGCUGUCAAGACUUGCGGCGAGCUCGGGAUGAAGCGUCCCCGGCGUGUUCAGUCGCACUGCAUCCCGCGCGUGCUGGAGGGCCGCCACGUGCUCGGCAUCGAUGAAACUGGCAGCGGCAAGACCGCCGCUUUCGCCCUCCCGAUCCUCCACCGCCUGUCGGAGCACCCGUUCGGUGUGUUCGCGUUGGUGGUGACGCCCACUAGGGAACUGGCGUUCCAGCUAGCGGAGCAGUUCCGCGCCCUCGGUUCCUGCCUCCACCUCCGCAUUGCAGUGGUUGUCGGCGGCAUGGACAUGCUUCGGCAGACCAAGGAGCUUGCUGCCAGGCCCCACAUCGUUAUUGCCACGCCGGGGAGGAUCAAGGCCUUGCUCGAGAAUCCUGAUAUUCCUCUAGUUUUUGCUAGAACUAAGUUCCUUGUCCUGGAUGAAGCAGAUCGAGUUCUUGAUGUCGGUUUUCAGGAGGAAUUGAAAUUUAUCUUUAAGUGCUUACCAGAAAAUCGACAAAAUCUGUUCUUUUCUGCAACAACCACAAGUAAUCUGCAAAAGUUGUCUGAGCGUUACCAGGAUAGACUGUAUGUCUAUGAGGCAUAUGAAGGCCUGAAAACUGUAGAAACACUUAAGCAACAGGCUAUGUUCAUCCCUAAAAAGGUCAAGGAGGUAUAUUUGAUGCAUAUUUUAUCAAAAAUGGAAGAUAUGGACAUCCGAUCUGCCAUUGUAUUUAUCUCUACAUGCAGAGAUUGUCAUCGUUUAAGUUUAAUGCUAGAAGUGCUUGAUCUUGAAGCAGCAGCUCUAUAUUCAUUUAAAUCGCAGGCUCAAAGGCUUGAGGCACUUCAACGGUUUAAAUCAGGGAAGGUCUCUAUACUGCUAGCAACAGAUGUUGCCAGCCGUGGUUUGGAUAUCCCGACAGUCGACCUUGUUAUCAAUUAUGAUGUUCCAAGGUUUCCACGAGACUAUGUUCAUCGUGUUGGUCGUACUGCCAGAGCAGGUAGAGGAGGACUGGCUUUGAGCCUUGUCACCCAGAAUGAUGUUGAACUUGUUUGUGAAAUAGAAGCUCUUAUUGAAAGGCAACUUGAAAUGAUUGAAUACAAAGAAAAUGAGGUUCUUUCUAUCAUGAAAAAGGUUUUCAGUGCCAAAAAUGUGGCAGAAAUGAAGAUGAUGGAUGAUGGAUUUGAGGAGAAAGCAAAGGAGAGGAAAAAACAGAAGCUGAAAAUGCUAGCAGAGAAAGGAUUGUUAAAUAAAAGAGGUAAUAAGAGAAAAAGAAACAAAUUUGCAGAAGGAAAGAAGCAGAAAAAAGAAGUGGAAGCAUCAGCAGAUAAAUCAUCCUUAAAAAAUGUGAGUAAGAAGAGGGAGUAAACUGGUAUGACUAUGGGGAAAGCCCCUCAAAGGACAAAUUGGAAUUAUUAAAGAAAAGGGCCUAAAAGUAGUCAAAAUUCAAAGCAAAAGGAAGAGGAGAAAGAUCAUUGAAGUAGAGGACUUAAUGGAACUAAAACAUAGUAGUGUUUUGAUAAGUUAUGGCUGUUCCAACAAUUUGGAGUGGUUUUCACAUCUUUACAAGGUGGCAGAUUUUGUUUGUGACGGUCUAAUUUUUGAAAAAUUACACUGAAUGCAUGUAUUACUGACGUUAGAUUUUAGGACCAUAAUUUUUUGUAAGAAGUUUUAUCAUUCUCUAUGGAGGAAAAGAUUUAUACACCA